CUCGAGGUAGUUCGCCCUUUUUUCCACCUACUUUCUUUUUUUAUUUUAUUUUAUUUUACUCUUCACUUGAUUACACUCUCCCUCUCACAACAACACUAUCAUGUCUAACGGUCUCGUGUAUGCCGUGACCAGUUUUGCCGCCAUUGGUGGUUUCUGUUUUGGCUAUGACACCGGUGUCAUCUCCGGUGUAUUGUCGAUGGAGAAUUUUGUUGGUUACAUGACAGAAGGACAGACAGCAUUCACCUCGUUGCAGUCCUCCACCAUCGUUUCUACCUUGCUUGCAGGUUGUUUCGUGGGUGCUUUACUUUCCGGUCCCUUCUCCGAACGUAUUGGUCGAAAGCGUACCAUUUUGGUCGGAUGUAUUAUCUUCGUUAUUGGCGCCAUCGUUCAAACCGCUUCAAUUGGGUAUACCAUGAUUUGCGUCGGUCGUCCCUUUGCGGGUGUAGGCAUCGGUAUGCUUUCCAUGGUCGUCCCUCUUUACCAAUCCGAAUUGGCUCCCAAGUCUAUCCGUGGUCGUCUCAUUUCCCUACAACAAUUCGCUAUCACCAUCGGUAUCAUGGUGUCAUUCUGGAUCAACUAUGCCACCAACGUCCAUCUCACCGGUACAGCCACUUGGAGAGUCCCAUUGGGUCUCCAAUGUGUGCCUGCUAUCAUUCUUGGUUUCGGUACCAUGUUCCUUCCUUACUCUCCUCGUUGGUUGCUUCAACAAGGCCGUGAACAGGAAGCCCUUCAGGUGCUUGCUAAGCUCCACGGUAACGGUGAUCGCAACCACCCCUAUGUCAUUGAAGAAUAUCAUGAAAUCUGCGAACAAAUUGCUCUUGAAAAGGCCAUCCAGAUCCAUUCCUAUGGCGAACUUCUUCGGGGUACCAUUCGCCGACGUGUCUUCCUUGGUGUGUUGAUUCAGAUUUUCCAACAAUUGACCGGUAUCAACGCCAUCAUGUACUAUGCUCCUUUGAUUUUCGAAGCCUCUGGUAUCAGUGGCAGCAACUCUCAACUUUUGGCCACUGGUAUCAAUGGUGUUGUCAACGUUCUUGCUACCAUUCCCGCUAUCCUUUGGGUCGAUCGAUGGGGUCGUCGCUGGACCUUGAUCUCUGGAGCCAUUGUCAUGGGUUUUUCUAUGCUGAUCGCCGGCAUUGUCCUUGGCGUGUGUGCCAAGACGGUCUACCUCCCCAAUGGAGAUAAAUCCAUUGAUAUCAGUGGAAACCAGGCUGCUUCUUAUGUCGCUAUUGUUAUGAUCUACCUCUUUGUUGCUGGUUUUGCCUAUUCUUGGGGUCCUUGUGGCUGGAUCUACCCUGCCGAGAUUUUCCCUCUUCGCAUUCGUUCCAAGGCUACUUCCGUCACCACGGCUGCCAAUUGGCUUUUCAACUUCGUUGUGGGUGAAAUUGUUCCCAUUAUGUUGGUGAGAAUCACCUAUGGUACCUUUAUCUUCUUUGGCGCAUGCUGUGCCAUCAUGGGAGUCUGUGUCUUCUUCUUCUUCCCGGAAACGAAGGGCAAGUCCCUUGAAGAGAUGGAGUUCAUCUUUGGUGAACGUGAAUAUCACCAGUGGGAAAUGGCCACUAGCGAAAAGUAUUAUCAUUAAAUCUUAAAUUUUUUAAUUACGUAUAAAGUUCUGGCCCCAGUGGAUUUGCGAUUUUAAAGCUGUGGGUAGCGUCUGCCUCGGGGAAGGCCAUAUGGUUUUGGAGCGAUAAGGUACCGAUCAUUUCGGGGUUCAAAAGAUACUGCUUGUCAAUUCAAGACAAAGAAGAAACGGAAAAACUCUUGGAACGGAGAACAUUCGCAUCUCUGCCGCUGAAUUGAAAAUGCCAAGCUAUCAAAACAAAAACUGGUUGUAAACAUUGAGGAAAUGAAAUGCAAAAACACUCACCUGCGCUAUAAAAUAGGAUCUUGCAACGCACACCAUUACUUAUCAGUGGCUUUUUUGACAACCGCACACUUCUACAGCCCUUGUGACCCUCCACAUGCUCCUUAGCUUUU